AUGAUGUAUUGCCCACAAUGUCUCCACAGCAGUGUGCCUUCACCGUGUCCUGGAUCAACCACAUGCAUUGCUCGCAACAAAGUCUGUGAUUUUGUUUCUGACUGUCCCCAUGGAGAGGAGGAAACAGCUUGUGGCUACAACUGCAACUUUGACAAUCAGACUUGCCACUGGGUCAGCAACAGUGAAGGAACCUAUGUCUGGACAAAAUAUCGUGGUGCUACUCCUGAUUCCAACACAGGACCAGACAGAGAUCACACCACUAACUCUGGCGUUGGCUACUACUUGUACACAGAUGCCUCUAAUGGAACUCGUUAUGACCAGGCUCUCCUUCAGAGCCCACUGUUCCAGAGCUCUUCAGCCACAUGCCAGCUAAGCCUCUGGUACCACAUGUUUGGCAGUGGGGUUGGAGAUCUUUUUGUCUUGAAGGAGGAAGGUGUCACCAGAACAUACCUGUGGAAAACUAGCGGUGACCAUGGUAAUCGAUGGAAUCAAGCAGUUAUUCCUAUUGAGCGGAUGGCCUCACCUUUCACUCUGACAAUUGGAUCUACAAGAUCCUUUAAUGUUCUUGGUGACAUUGCCAUUGAUGACAUUUUUUUCCAGCACUGUUCCUUCCCAGACCCAGCUACCAGCUGCACAGCAUACAACACCUUUACGUGCAGGAGCCAGGCUUGUGUUCCAACACAGAAUGUAUGUGACUUUGUUGAUGACUGUGGAGAUGGCACUGAUGAACUUGACUACACCUGUGAUGAUUAUAUUCGCUGUGACUUUGAGUCAAGCAUGUGUGGAUGGAAUCAAGAUGUUACAGACAAUCUGGACUGGAUUCGACUUGCAGGACCCACCCCUACAUCAGAAACUGGCCCUUUGCAUGACCACACCCUGGGUACCAGUUCAGGACAUUACAUCUAUGUAAAAAGCUCUGACCCUCACAAAGAAGGAGCCACAGCCAGGAUUAUUAGUCGUGCCUUUCAAGCUUCUGCGUCAGCUCCAUACUGUCAAUUGAAGUUUUUCUACUACAUGUAUGGCCAAACCAUAGGCAGUUUGUCAGUUUACACUCGAAAUUCUUUCUAUGGUCCACUUGUUAAAAGGUUCAGCAGAUCUGGUGAGAUAGGCAAUUAUUGGGUGAGCUCUGUGGUACCUAUCUAUGACACAAAGCCUUUCCAAAUCAUAAUAGAAGCAACCUUGCACAAUGCUUCUUUGGGAGACAUAGGAAUAGAUGACACCAUCUUCACUUCAGCAUGCAAACUUCUGACAACAGACUUCCCCAUAGGCACACCAGGUUCUUCAGUCACAACGCCUUCACCUUGUGGUGACCCCAGUGUUUACUAUCAAUGUUCAGAUGGUUCAAGAUGUAUAUCCAGAUCUCUGGUGUGUGAUUUUGUUACCCAAUGUACUGAUGGUUCAGAUGAAGCCAACUGUGGGACAUGUGAUUUUCAGCAAGGUAUGUGUGGUUGGCAGGACAUCAGUGUUGAUAAGUAUGUGUGGGAACGACACAAUGGCUCCACAGCUUCUGCCAUUUCAGGCCCAAACGCAGACCACACCACAGGGAAGACCACUGGAAACUAUAUUUAUGUAGACUCAACUGCAACAGAUGACUAUGGGAAGCAGUGAUGAUAUCACCUGUGUACGGUGCCAUUGG